AUUAAAUAGUAUUAAAGAAGUAAAAAAUAUUCAAUUUAAAAUGACUGAAGAAGAAGCUUUAUUUGAUCCUUCCAUUAAGAAGAAGAAGAAGAAGAAGAAGUUUGACUUAGACAGUGCUUUAGCUUCUGAAGCUGGUCUUGAUGGCAUAAACGAACAAACAUUAGAUAAAGAAAAUCAGGAACCUGGGCCAGAUCCUGAUGAAUUUGAUGAUGGAAACCUGGAUCUGGAUAACUUCGGUAAGAAGAAAAAAAAGAAAAAAAAGGUCACAAUAAAUUUAGAUGAUUUAGAAAGUGCAUUACCUGAUACAUCAUCAGCAAUGGAAAAUGGUGAUGGCCAAGGAGAGGCUAUGGAUGAUGAUUUUGACUUAAAUAUGGACUUUUCAAAAACAAAAAAGAAAAAGAAAAAGAAGAAAGAUAUAGAUGAAUUAGUUGCUGAAGAAAUGGAUAAGAAAGGUGACAAAUUUGACGACAUAACUGAUGGUGAAAGCCAUACGUGGUUUGGUUCUGAUCGUGAUUAUACAUAUGAUGAACUUUUAACUAGAGUAUUUGAGAUAAUGCGAGAAAAAAAUCCUGAUAUGGUUGCGGGUAAAAAACAAAAAUUUGUUAUGCGUCCUCCACAAGUAGUUCGGAUAGGUACUAAAAAAACAUCUUUUGCAAACUUUACAGAAAUAUGCAAAACGUUACAUCGUCAGCCCAAACAUUUGUUAGAUUUUUUGUUAGCUGAAUUAGGUACUAGUGGUUCAGUGGACGGUAAUAGCCAGCUUAUAAUCAAAGGUCGUUUUCAGCAAAAACAAAUUGAAAAUGUACUCAGGAGAUAUAUAAAAGAAUAUGUUACCUGUCAUACAUGUCGUUCACCUGAAACUAUUUUGCAGAAAGACACCCGUUUGUUUUUCUUGCAAUGUGAAACUUGUGGUUCACGAUGUUCUGUUGCCAGUAUUAAAUCUGGUUUCCAGGCCGUCACUGGAAAGCGUGCAGCUAUCAGAGCAAAAACUGCAUAAAUACUAUAAUAUAUUUUCUUUUGCGUGCUAUACUAGUUCAGCAAAGUACAAUAAAAUAAAUUACACAUUUUUACAAACUUUAA